AACACUGGAUUAGCAAAAAGCAAAGAAGAAAGGUUAAUAAGAGAUCUCUCCCACCCUUGAGAAACCUCCUGAUGAGCCCACAUCUUCCCAACUCUCCCUUAGCGGCCCUAGUCCUACCCCAGUACUAAUCUUCUCCGAACAAAAGGACCUCAUAGUUUGACUCUCAGAAAAAUGAAGAGAACCAGAAGGACAUCAAUGGGUUAAGGAGUGUGGCUGGUGGUACCAAGGGAGAGAAAGGGGGCUAGAAGCACUUAGGCUGAGGAUGGGAAGGAGGCCAAAGAAGAGUGGCAGAAAUGAGCAAAGUUUGGGGGUGCUACAAGCUCUAGCUCCCUUCUCUCUGGCUUUAGGGUAGAAGGGGAGGGGCAUUUAAGUGACUCUGAAGAGGAAAUGGUGGUUUUUCAUUUUUUCACAAACAAAGCCUCCACCCUGCCCCUUCCUUUUACCUUGUCUUGCCCUAAACACCUAGAUUUUCUUUAAGAACAAGAAAGGCCUUGACCACCAACAUCCUAGGAGACUAACUGCAGCAGGUUGGACCUCAAAGCUUUCUACGGGGGAGGUUGAGCAGACAGACUCAGUCAUUGAGAGCGAGAGUGUGAGAAGACAAAGCCAUCAAAGCCUCUGCAGCCUUCUCUCCAGCCCAGAGCAGAACCCGGAGCCCCAGAGGCACUUCCUCCACCUUUGGAACACACUAGUAAUUCAUUGAUAGCAGGGAGCUAUGAGAGACCCUGUGAGUAGCCAGUACAGCUCCUUUCUUUUCUGGAGGAUGCCUAUCCCAGAACUGGAUCUGUCAGAGCUGGAAGGCCUGGGUUUGUCGGAUACAGCCACCUAUAAGAUCAAGAGCAACACUGAUGGCAAAAUGACCGGACAAGCAACCAGAGCAGAGCAAGAGAAAACCCCUGAAGGCGAUGCCCUCCUUGAGUACAGCACCUUCAACUUCUGGAGAGCCCCGAUUGCCAGCAUCCACUCCUUUGAGUUGGACUUGCUCUAAGGCCAAGACUCCUCUCUCCCACCACCUUGCCCUCAUUGUCUUCCCUUUCAGCCCCCUCCUUUCCACACCUUUCUCCUUUUAAUCUUGCCCUCUCCCCUCCAUUGUGUUGAGGUGGUGCUGAUGAAUCUGUCAAAGUUGUAUUUAUUUAUUUAUUUAUCUUCCUUCUCCAUUUCUCUCAAAAGCCCUCAAGCCACAAAGUAAAGGGUUGAAGCAAUGGAAUAUUGGGCCACAGGGAUUCCCCUUUCCCCCCUCAGAUACUAACUCCAGAAAGCAGGCCUGAUGAGGGCAUCAAAGAGCAGUACGGUAGGGCAAAAUAGAGGACUGAUUUUUUACUGCAUUUUAAUCAGCCUAGGAGAUUGCUCAAGCCUUCCUAGUUUCCUGUUCAGUAACCAAAUAUUUCUUCAAGGGUUGAUGAAAGCCUCAGCAGUUUUAAUUUGGGAUUAUCUGCUACAAAACAGUAGGAUUUCUAAAAUGCUAAGGUGGUAAAAGACUCUUGCUUUUUUGAUCCUACAUGUUCUUACAAUAUACUCUUUUCCUCAGAUAAAUUGGGGUUGCAUAAAGAUGUAAAACAGGAGGAAAUAAUACAUCAUGAAAAAGGAAAAUAGAGGAAAGCAUUCCAUCAAUUCAGAAAAAGCUAAGCGUUCCCUUUCUCAAAAAUGUGUUCCUUCAAGCUUAUUCAUUGUACAACUCUGUUCCAAACUGUGGGUUGAAAAAUCUAGCUGAGGAAAAAUUUAAAAUUUUAUGAUGCAAUCUUGUUGACUAUUAUGAUAAUCUGUAAGGUUUUGACUCAACCUUUUAAAAGGCAUACGGUUUGGUGUUUAUUUCUUGCCCUCCUGUUAUAUUUGCAAUGUAUAAUACUGAUCAGUGGGCCUUGGGCACAGUUCUUCAGCCACCUUGAGACCAUAAGAUGUACAAUCACAUUCUGAACCUACACCUUGACCCCAUCCCUUCCAAAGUUAUUGCUGCUGAUUCAUGCUGCCAUUUACUCAUUUAAUAAAGACAUUCAAUCCCAGGACUGAAUUCUAGUUUUCUCUUCACAGGGAAGAAUUAUAGAUCUCAGAAUUUAGCCUUGCUUUCACAUUCAGCUUAUAAUUUUAUCUUUCUAACAUUCAACUUUGAGGAACAAUGAAUAGUCUUUCUACGUAAAAAUAGUGAACUUCAGGUUAAACGGUAGGUAAUAGGAGUGAAAUCAACUUAAAAUUAGAAAGGUAGUUAGGGAGGAAAAACCCACAAGUAAUCACUCUUUUAGGGCCCAUCUGGUUGCCUGCUGACUACUAACAUUUGUAUUUCAGGUAAUAAUUCUCCUAGAUGCCUCAGGAGGUACCAGCGGUCCUAAAUCUGCUCAUCAUUACCUCAAUCUAGGUACCUAAGAAAAUAAAUUAAUUCACUCAAAUGUUAUUUGCUUACUCCAAAAAAAUCUGAACCUAGCUUAGAAAGUUUGUGUGCCUACCAUAUGAAAGGCACUGACCAGUGUUAAAGGAUGUAAACAGGAAUGAAUCAAGAAUCCUACUCUCAAAAGGUAAAAAGUAAAUAUGAAUGGGCGCCUGGGUUGCACGCAAAUGGACUACUAAUGGAGAGACUGGCUGUUCAACUCAGGUGCUUCAGAAGUAAGGCCUGGCAAUCUGCUUCCAAAAGAAGAGCACUUCUACUCCGCACACAUGGAGUUUGCCAUGCAGUGAUUUCAGGCAACCAACAACAAAUACCAAUAUGGACAAUACCUGGCAGUAUGCCAUAAAAUUACCCUAGCAGUAUCUAGACAAGUUCAGAGAAGGGAGAGUCACGGAAAUCUUCAUCCUAGGCCUUAAAAGGGCCACCGUCAAUAACAAAAACCAAAAUAAAAAAUGGGGCUAGUAAGGUUUAGUGAUGUGUUCUUUUCUAUUUCAUGGAUUUUUGUACAGACGACUCUGGCUGUCAGGACCAGCGCAGUCGUCUAAUCACAGCAACUGGAUUUGCAAACCGUAGGCUUCUUCCUUUUCCAAAUAGAAAAACCAAGCUCUUCGUCCUGGAGUCGAAUUCCGACUCAUAGCGACCCUAUAGAAAAGAGCAGAACUGCCCAAUACGGUUUCCUAGGCUGGUAUCUUUACGGAAGCAGACUGCCACAUCCUUCAUCCUUUUCCAGUCCCCCCCAAAAGAAGUGAUCCAGUUAUUGGUUUCGCUGUGCACCCUGACAACUUGGCUCCACGGUCCUUAUAUUCAGGUUGGAAAUAUGUGUCAGGCACUAGAACCCAAUUCACGUGUAACCAUCCAAACGGCUUCGGCCAAGGCUGGAAUGGGGCAGCAAGUUUUCCUGUCAAUUCUAAAACCGGCCGCCCGGAGAAGCAGCCAGGUGGGAGAACUCAAACUCCAAGAUCUAUGCAGAACCCGACUCUGCCUCAGAGGUCUCUGAGCCCUUGGCGCCAAAACAAACCAUACGGGCCGUCCCCUACCGGAACUAUAAGACAC